UAUCGAUCGAUCAAAGCCUGAACGAGAUCAUCAUGCGCUUCUCCAUCCUUCUAGUCAUGCUGGCAGCCCUGCCCCUCCUCGCCAUGGGUGCCACCCGUGGACCCUCCACCGGACUUACCGGACUCGCCCGUCGACAGGGCGCUGGCAACGACGGUUGCUACCCAUACGAGGACUGUGAUCCGAGCAAUGAGGACUGCUAUAAGGGAGCCUGCCAUUGCGGCCUCAAGGAUCCCAAUGCCCCACCAUGCCCCGCCUAGGUCUGGCGCUGGUGAGCCUUGGUGAGAGCCAGACCUCCUGCACCACCAAGGCUGGGGCAGGCCGAGAGGGCUCUCCAGCGGAGGCGAUGAGCCGCUGUCUCGCGCGAACGAAUGUAUCCCGAUCAUGAAAUGUGCAGAAUAUAUGUGAC